AGCCGAGGUUUUUAUGGAUUGAGUAAACAUGUACGACGAAGACAAAAUCGAAAUGAAAGCGAAUAUCGAUUUGCAAAAACCUCAAGUUUGUAGGUUAUGUUUAGGACUGACCACUACAUGUUUUUCGUUAAUAGCGAACCAUGGGGCUUCACAAAUGCUUGAAGCGUUGACAUCACUCAAGAUUUUGCCUACAGAUGAAAUAUCAACAAUUAUGUGCCUGAAGUGCUCUCUCAACUUAAAAUUAGCGUUCAAAAUACAACAAAACAUGGUAAAGGCGGAGCAGAAAUUUCGAAAUCAUCAAAUAAAUACUCAGAAUUCAAAUGAAGUGAAUAAAGUUGAAUCAGUGUCUGAUGAUGAUGCAGAUGUUCCCUUGUCUGAUUUAAUAAAAACAGAAAUUAAAGAGGGACAAACCAAAAAAGAGUCAAUUUGUGACCUUUGUGGAGAAAAAUUUCCAACAACUGCGUUAAAAAAUCAACACAAGGAUGACUUUCACGUAAUAUUGAAUUGUCCAGUUUGUAAGAAAAGUUUAUGUAGAGAUGGUCUUCAACGCCAUAUUAAAAGACACACUGAUUCAGUCACAAUAUGUGAAGUGUGUGGAGUUCCUGUGAAAAACAUGGAUUUAGGGGCCCACAUUAAAAGGAAACACGUGAGACCGCUGAGCUACAAGUGCGAUUUUUGCGAUAAAGUGUUCAAAAGAGCGAGUAAUAGAAAAAUACACAUGAAGAAAGAGCACCUGGAUGAAGCUGAUUUUGUCUGUGAUACUUGCGGAAAAAAGUUUUAUAGAAAGCGCGAUAUAAAGAAACACGUUGAAUCCAAACACCUUAAACUGAGACCACACAUUUGUGAAAUUUGCAACGUAGGUUUUUCCACUAGGUUUGCAAAGAGGACGCAUAUGAGAAAGCACACCGACGAGAGGCCUUUUAAAUGCGAGAUUUGCGCCGACGGGUUCAGGCAUAAAGUGUCUUUAAAAGUGCAUUUAAAGUCCAAACAUAACGUUGAAGAAGAACUCACUUGUGAAUGUAGAGAAUGUGGAAAGAAGUUUGGGUCAAAUGCAGCCCUCAGUUCGCACAAAAGGGGGAAAUUUCCUUUGAUUGUUGGUAGUUGUCACGUGCCAGCCAGCUCGUUUCUUAUUGGCGGACGACUAUGCAGCAAGUUUCAUAGAUACAUCACGACCAUGCACAAUGAAUCUAAAAUCAAAAACGCCCCCCAAACUUGUAGGUUAUGUUUGGCCCUAACCACAACAAGUUUCUCGUUAAUCGGAAACAACGGAGCCUCGGGGAUGCUUGAAGCCCUAACGUCGCUAAAAAUUUUACCCUCAGACGAAAUUUCGACGGUGAUGUGCUUGAAGUGUUGUUUAAACCUAAAACUAGCUUUUACGAUUCAACAAAACAUGCUCAGAGCUGAACACCGGUUUCAAGAGCGCAUUUCCACUCUCAUAAAGCAAGAAUCUGUGAAGUCUGAACUAGAAGACAAUUCGGAAUAUUUGUGUGACGUUUGCGGCAAAAAUUGCCCCUCUAGAGACCACCUGGGUAAACACAAGAGGGCUGUGCACGUGCAAGCGCCGUGUCCCGUUUGUGGGAAACUAUUCAAACCGGCAACAAUUAAAAGACACAUGGAGGAAGUGCAUGAAACGCUCCCUCAAGAUAAAUACAGGUGUGACAUCUGUGGGUCCGAAAAGUCAACAAAAAGACGCCUGGAGCUCCACAAAUCCAACGUACAUGGAGUGAGGAAUUGCCCCAUUUGUAACAAAAAAAUCCAAGGAACACUCUUGAAAGAGCACGUUCUUGAACAUGAUCCACCCAACCCAGAACUGGCAGACGUCGUGAAAAAGUUACUCGAAGACCACGACUGCGAAAUUUGUGGCAAAAAAUACUCGUCCCGGAUUUUACUCAAACACCACAAGUACAGUGUUCAUUUGAAAGGGAAGUGUCCGAUUUGUGGCAAAGAGUUUAAAAAAGGGAAUUUAAAAACGCACAUUGCGCGUCACGAAGUAGAAAAGGCGCCUUCCUCCUCCAAGUACGUGUGCGACAUUUGCGGGAAAAAUAAAUUCUCGCAGGCUGACUUAACCAAACACAAGUAUAACGUCCACGUCAGGUCGGAGUGCCCCGUUUGUAAGAAAACCAUCUCUCAAACCAACCUAAAGCGUCACAUUGAGCGCCACAAUGACCCCCAAACAGUGUGUGAACUGUGUGGAAUCUCGGUCCUCCAACAAGAUUUGAGAUACCACAUGAACAACGUGCACUCACUACAAAGGUACAAAUGCGGUUUUUGCGAUAAAGUCUUCAAGGGAAAAUCGUCUAAAGUUGCGCACGAAAAGCGAGACCAUUUAGGUGAAGCGGACUUCACGUGUGACACGUGUGGGAAAAGGUUUUUUAAGAACGUCAAUCUGAAAAAGCACAUUGAGAGUACCCACUUGAAAAUGAGACCCCAUAUUUGCGAGUUUUGUAAAGUGGGGUUUUCGAGCAAAUUCGCGCUUAUCACGCACAGGAGGCAGCACACCAAUGAGAGACCGUUCAAGUGUGAAUUUUGCGGAGAGGGCUUCCGACAAAAAGUGUCUUUGAAAUCCCACUUGAAGUCGCAACACGACGUUGAAGAAGAACUGAACUGUGAGUGCAAGGAGUGUGGGAAGAAAUUCGCGUCAAGUGCGGCGUUAAUUUCACACGGAAGGAUACACCCAAUGACAAGUAGAUUAUACAACCAGCAAUACACAUUUUUGUGGGUUUUGUUUACAACAAUCCAAACAAUCAACGUUUUUGUUGCUUUAUUUUACAAAUGUGACUUCGAUAAUUCACGAACGGGCACCAUGAAUGUUAAAACCAACGACUCCGUUAUCAAAAACCAGCCCCAAAUUUGUAGGUUAUGUUUGGCUUUCACAACAACGUGUUACUCGUUAAUAGAAGACACCAAAGUGUCGGGAAUGCUUGAGGCUUUAACUUCGCUCAGAAUUUCACCCUCCGACGACAUUUCAACCAUAACAUGCCUAAAAUGUUGCUUAAACCUCAAACUCGCCUUCACCAUCCAGCAGAACAUGCUCAAAGCCGAGCAGCGAUUCCGCCAGCACCGCUUUCUCACCCCCGUGAAGCAAGAGUACGACACUGAGAACGUUGAAGACCAAUUCGAGACCAACUCAGUCAAACUGGAUCACCCUGAGUCGUCCGAACAAUACACGUGUGACGCCUGCGGCAAAAAGUGGUCUUCGAAGAUGGAUUUGCGCAAACACCACGGGGCCGUGCAUGUCCAAGUCGACUGCUCGGUUUGUGGAAAAACGUUGAAAAAGGGGAGCAUCAAGCGUCACAUGGAUGAUAAACAUGCCACGACUGGAGAAAGCUUGAUUUGUGAUAUCUGUGGCAUCCCUAAAGCGUCGAAGGUGUCUUUAUACAAACAUAAACAUUGUGUUCAUAGAUUAAUUAAAUGUACUAUUUGUGGCAAAGAAGUAAAAUCCGCGUCCUUGAAAAAACAUGUAGCGACUCAUAAAAGUGUCACAGACUUAACUAAAGUAGAAAAUGUGGAGUCGGAAGCUGCGCUUCGCAAUCCACAAAUGGAAUACGUGUGUGACAUUUGCGGCAAACUUAAACCCUCGAAAACCGCACUCAACGCCCAUAAAUAUAGCGUCCAUGUGGAGGGUGAGUGCCCCAUCUGCAAGAAACGAAUCUCGCAAGCCAAUUUAAAACGUCACAUCGAGCGCCACACUGACCCUCAUACAGUGUGCGACUUGUGUGGGAUUUCUGUCCUUCAACAAGACUUGCGGGUGCACAGAUACAACGUGCACACAGUGCGCCAGUUGAAGUGUCAUUUUUGUGACAAAGUCUUCAAGAAAAAUUAUUCCAGGACAAUGCAUGAGAAGCGGGAGCAUCUAGACGAAGCGAACUUUACUUGCGACACGUGCGGGAAAAGAUUUUAUCAGAACGCGUUUUUGAAAAAGCACAUCGAGAGUAAACACUUAAAAAAAAGACCGCAUAUCUGCGACUUCUGUAAAGUCGGGUUUUCCAGCAGGUUUGCCCUGAAAACACACAUCAGGCAACACACAAACGAAAAACCGUUCAAGUGUGAGUUCUGUGGAGAUGGGUUCAGACAGAAGGUGUCUUUAAAGUCCCAUUUGAGGUCACAGCACGACGUGAAAGAGGAACUGAUUUGUGAAUGUAAAGUGUGUGGGAGGAAGUUCGCUUCUUCGAUUGCGUUGUUGUCCCACAAAAGAAUACAUUGAUUAAAAAAAUAAAAUUCUAUAUUUUUAAAGUUA